AUUUAUUCUCAAGUGACGGUUGAAAUGUAAAGUAACUUGUUUAUGUUUCAGUUCCGUUAAAAACUAUGGCGGAUAAAGUUGUGUACCCCAGCUAGCGUUAGCUGAAUUAGUGCAUUGGUGACAGUCGGUGUUGGUGGAAGUUGUUUUCCUGUUAGCUGUAGCCUCUGUACAGUGAGGACCAGCUCACCAUCGCCUGUGGUUAUUGUGGUUUGGCCUCAGUAUUGUCACGACAGUCUGUGAGGCUGCUGUCAAAGCGAACAACUGCUCUUGUUUCUGACGCUUGGCUGAAGGUCUGUGAUAAAUCAUAACCAUGGAUCCGUUUGACAGCAGAAUUACAGAACGGGCCAAUCUACCAAGGAACAUGAUCGAGAACAGCAUGUUUGAAGAAGAGCCUGAUGUUGUGGACUUAGCCAAAGACUCCACAACAUUUCCAACAUUUCCUACACUCGACCCCGAUGAGGCUGUUUUUGAGCCGAGUAGUUCUCGACUGCUUGUGCGAGGUCUGGGAGAGAAUGACCUGGACGAGGAUGAGGAGGACUAUGAGUCUUCAGCACGUCUGCUUGGGAUGACCUUCAUGAACCGUAGCUCUGCUCACAGAUCCAUCUCCUCCCCUUACACUAGACAGGGUCCACCCAGGUCAUGUUCUCGUCCUUCAGCCAGGACCAUGGUUGUAUGUGUGCUAUUUCUGGUGAUCAUAGUCUCUAUGAUCAUGGUUCUGUACUUUUUACCUGGAUGCACUUUUACAAGGGCGGGUUGUCAUAAACCAAAUCAGACUGCACCCUUGGAGCCGGUCUACCCUGUGUCCACCAAUGGAGAACUGUUUCCUUGGGCCCAGUAUCGGCUGCCUUACAGCGUACAUCCUGUCAGCUACAACCUCACCAUCAGCCCUGACUUUGACUCAAUGACCUUCACUGGGCACACCGUCAUCAACAUGACUGUCCUCCACAAAACCAAGAUCAUUGUCUUUCAUGGUGCUAACCUCAUCAUAGCUAAAACUACCUUUAGGCUAGAAAAUGGAGAGGCCAGCAAUGUGACUUUACUGGAAUAUAAACCCAGACAGCAGUUGGCCAUCAAGCUCUCCACAGAGCUAAAAGCAGGCCAGUUCUGUGUUUUGACCAUAGACUACUCUGCCGACCUCUCACACACCUACGAUGGAUUCUAUAACAGCUCGUACACCGAGAUGGAUGGAGUCAGAAGGGUCUUGGCUGCAACCCAGUUUGAACCACUAUCAGCUAGGAAGGCCUUCCCCUGCUUUGAUGAGCCCAGUUUUAAAGCCACCUUUCUGAUUAAAAUCAACAGAAAACCAGACUUAAUGACUCUUUCUAAUAUGCCUAAGGCUCAAUCCACAACUCUUCCUGGAGGCCUCAUUCAAGAUGAGUUUGAACACUCUAAAGUCAACAUGAGCACCUACCUGGUGGCUUUUAUUGUUGCUAAUUUCACCCCCAUCAGCACAAAUGUCUCAAACACGCAGGUGUCGGUGUAUUCAGUGCCAGAGAAAAAGCAGCACACUACGUAUGCUCUGGAGGCAGCCUCUAGACUCCUGGAGUUCUACAACAAUUUCUUUGAAAUUAAUUACCCUCUUGAAAAACUAGACCUGGUGGCCAUCCCUGACUUCCUGGCAGGAGCCAUGGAGAACUGGGGUCUCAUCACUUUCAGAGAGACCACUCUUCUGGUUAGCAAUCUGUCGUCCUCUCUGGAGAAGCAAGUAGUUGCAUCUGUCAUAGCACACGAGCUGGCUCAUCAGUGGUUUGGAAACUUGGUUACUAUGAGGUGGUGGGACGACCUGUGGCUGAAUGAAGGUUUUGCCACCUACAUGCAGUUUAUGUCACUGCAGACAGUCUAUCCUGAACUUGAUAUUGGUGAUAUAUUCCUCACAGUUCGCUUCAGGGCCUUGGACAAAGAUGCAAUGAAUUCCUCCCAUGCUGUAUCAACUGAAGUCAACGCAGCAGAACAAGUGGAGGAGAUGUUUGACUCUGUCUCAUAUGAAAAGGGAGCGUCAAUUCUUCUGAUGCUGAACGCCUCUCUGCCAGGAGACCAACAAUUCAAAAAGGGCAUCAUUCAGUACCUGAAACAGUUCAGUGGAUUAAAUACAGACACCAGUGAUCUCUGGAACAGUUUAACACAGGUUGAAUUCUCAACUCAGCACCAGAACGUGUCAGAGAUGAUGAGCACGUGGACAUCUCAGAAGGGUUUCCCUCUGGUCACAGUGAGUCGCAGGGGUGACGACGUGAUCCUCACACAGCAGCAGUUCACCCUGACAUCUGACAAUGUCACUCACACUCCCACCUUGUGGAAUAUUCCAGUGACAUAUGUAAAUGACAGCUGUAGUUUGGGCCCUGAAUGCAAACAGGUGUUUACUCUGAAGACCAAAACAGCCACGCUUAAAGUAUCAGAAAGUGUAAAGUGGCUGAAGCUGAACUACAGAAACACAGGCUUCUAUAUCGUUAACUACGAUGAUGACGGCUGGACCGCUCUUAGGACGGCGCUGUCCAAUAAUGUCAGCGUUCUUAGUAGUGAAGACCGUGCCUCGCUCAUUCACAACAUGUUUGCGCUCUCAAGACUGGGACGUGUUUCAUUUCGUCAGGUGCUCAACUUGUUAAACUACUUGUCCAAUGAAACGGAGACUCCACCUGUGACAGAGGCCUUGUUCCAGCUUAACAAUAUCUAUAGGCUGCUGGACAAAAGACAGGAAUAUGGUCUGGUUGCUCGUUUAAAGGAUUUUAUUCUUCAUCUUUUGGGUCCUCUGAUGGACAAACAAACAUGGGAAGAAGAGGACAGUGUCUCCAAACAGGUGUUACGCUCAGCCUUGCUGGAGACAGCGUGCAGUCUGAAUGAGGAGAAGUGCAUCCAAAAAGCCAAAGAACUUUUCAAACAGCAUGUGGAAUCGAAUGCUACAGUACGGAUACCAGGUGAUCUGCAGCAAGUCGUGUUCAAUGUGGCUGCUCAGUCAGAUGAAGGCUGGACAACUUUGCACCAAAUGUAUUAUUACACCAAGUAUGACGCUGAGAAGAGAAAAAUGCUAAAGGGCUUGGCCUCUACUCAGGAUGCUCGUCAGAUAGUGAUGAUUCUAAAGUAUGCUCUAAAGGGGGGUUUCAUCCAGACACAAGAGCUCCCCCUGGUCAUCAAGACUGUGUGUGAUGGUUUCACUGGUUACUUAUUUGCUUGGGAUUUUAUUCAAGAGAACUGGGACACGCUAAUUGAAAAGUUUCCUCUGGGUUCAUUUUCAAUCCAGGCAAUCAUCAAAUUUGCAACUUCCCAGUUUUCCACACAGGCACACUUAAAUCAAGUCCAGGGUUUCUUCUCCAGUCUGAAAGAGCGAGGCUCUCAGAUGAGGAGUGUACAGGAAGCUUUAGAAACCAUCAGGCUAAAUCAGCGCUGGAUGAAUGACAACCUGCCGGUUCUCCAUAAAUGGCUGUAAUGCAGUCACUCCACCUUGUCACUGGUUCAUUAGACAUAAGUAGAAUGUAUGGAAACUACAGAAGGACUCUGUCUGUAUGUCAGAGGUUGACCGUGACCUGGUUGAUUUUUCUGGGACAGGUGCUGUAAGUUACCUGCUCAGGAUGUGAUUGUAUGUUUGACUGUGAGUUGUCAUAAGCUUUCUAUUUCCACUAAGUGGUGCCGUUGUUUGUGGUAAGUUGCCAAAUUACCCAACUGCACACAUACACCCUACAAUUAACAUUGUAUUACAAUUAACAUUGUUCAGCAUUGUUUCAAAACGAACCGUGCUGAGCUGAAAUGCUCCACCUGGUGGAAACAAUGCUAUAUCCUCAGGCGUAAAGUUCUGAUAUACUGAAAGCUGUCGACCAAACUCUCUCUCUCUCUCUCUCUCUCUCUCCUCUGCUCACCAUAUGGUCCUUAGUGCAGACAAUCAGGCUGCCCCAUACAUGUUACUCUCAGCUCACACUCAGGCACAUCCAUCAUAGGAGCUGAGAAAUGAAGAAUGUCACUGUAUUUGUGCUGUCAUCAGUCAGUCAGUCAGUUGAAUGGGGAGUGAUUUAACGUGAACAGGUAAAAAUAACAACUUGACAUACAGUAUGUAAGGUUUAAACAAAGUAACCUGCUAUGCUUGUAAACACAACAGUGAAACAAUGGCACUAAGUCCUGUCAUAAGCUACUAUAUACAGAUACAGACACACCGUAAGAUUCAGCAUACCUUAUUGUCUAUAAGUAUUUUAAGAGAGUAUACUUUGAAGUACCAGUACAUGUUUUAUUAUACCAAAGAAUAGGCCCUUUCUCAUUUAUAUGAGAAAUCGAUGGUUCAAACAGGAGAUAAUUUAAAAGACAGACUUUGAAGCGUUAACUAAGUCUGUAUGUCGGAUGUUAUGACCUCUGCAACACUGUAUGUUCAUUACAAACAUUUGAUUACAGUGUUUACUGUCUGUAAAUCUUCUGCUUAACAUAAAGCAUAUAUGACUUUGGUGACGUUUUUGGCUGAAAGAAAGCUUGAAUGAUUGAUGGCUUAAUGUACCAAACAGGUCACACACACAGACUUUAAUGUAGUAACUCAACCCUUCCCACUGUGUACAAUAGAUGGCGCACUGCGCACAUAGCAGUGCAGGUCGAGAGCAACGGCGGGUAUGAACAACAGUGCACAUGUAAGCCAUUUUUUGCCGCUGUCUUUUUUGAAGUGGGAGUCUUUCUUUUGUUUUGUUUUGUUUUUUUAAGCAGAAAUGACUCUUGAUUGCUAUUUCUGUGACUGUCACUGUAGACUCGUUCUUUACCUCUUCCUCUCUGUAAACUUGUAAUUAUGUAAAUACACUCCUGUCUUCUACUCAUCCCCUGCUAUUUUUGCAUUUGCCCAUUUAAAAUGUUUGUUUUAUGUUGCGUGUGUAUAUGUAUUUAUAUAUUGUAAAGGAGAAGUGUACAGAAUAUCAUGGUAAGAUAUUUUUAAUUUCAUGUCCUGACUUGAAAAGCACCACAGGGCAGUACAUCACCCAAGAAUGUUUCUGUUUUAAGGGCUAAUGUGCAGACAACAGACACGUAUUUAUAAAAGAACACGUGUUUUGGCCAUUAUGAGUCUUUAUGUAGUAUAGCAGCUGUUAAAGUCCACAACAUCCAACGUGUUACUCCGUUGUGAAGCCACCACUGUCUCUGGUUACAACAAACAUUGCUUUUUAUUAUUGCUCAUAGAUGCUGUUUAACCACAGCUGUACACUCUUCAGCUUCAAUGACUUGAUCACUUGUGUUGCUGUAAAUAUUUAGUUUUUAUUUAACAGUCCUCAUAAUUGUACCUUGUUUUUAAAGCCUUCAUGAGACAUCGGAAAAGUCUUUGAAUAAAGGCGCUUCAUCACCGUGUCCAACAGGACGCCGACUCCUGAGUGCUGAAGGUGACAGCUGGAUGUUUGUUGUUCCAGUGUUUAAUAAAUAUAUUGUUGAAGCCAUAUGAGACUACUGGUUGACCACACUCCCACUUUGUUCAUUCACACAUUUUGGUUCUGUUUUUUCUUUCUUUAGAGUAAAAAGUGUAUAACAUGCUAAUUUCCUGGUUUCUUUAUCUUAUUUGCUCUGUUGUACAAAAUUCAAUUUUAAUUCUACAUACUUUCAGCUACGAGGAAUCAUGUUUUGUUUUAUUGCAUAGUUUAUUUAAAAACAUCUGAUCUGGGAUCAGGGUUCAGCCACAAAAGUUAAAGAAAGAAUGAUAAAAGAAGGAUAUACGCAGAAUGAUAGGCAGAAUUUUUGUACAGUCUUCAUGUAGAAUUAAACUGAUGAGACUGACUUUAUUCAAUACAUAGGGAUGCCAAAAAAUACUGCAUAUGCUUUUAAAUGAUUUGCUCCACUUGUAAACAAGUAUAAAUAAAUACAUUUUCUGAAAACA